AUGGUGGAUAACGCAUCCUUCGAGUAUUCCGAAGAAUCUAGCGGAGAAAGCGGUUACAAUAAUGGACGUAUCAACGGGCAAACAUUAAAGCCUCUAUCGGGGUCAGCACCUUCAGUACGGGCUGCAGCGUUAAAUACGUCAUUAACGGGUGAUACGUCAGACACCAAAGAUGGGAAGCUUCCCAGCAAGUCGCGGCAGAAAAAGUUCCAGAGACACUUCCCGCAAGUUGGUCCCGAGGAGAAAGUGCUUAAUUAUUAUUCGUGCGCAUUAGUGGGAGAUCUUUUACUUCAAGGUCACUUGUAUAUCACCAAGAAUUACUUCGCUUUCUACUCAAAUGUGUUCGGUUACGUGACCAAGCUCCUAAUACCAACAAUAUCAGUUCUCCGGAUAACAAAGGAGAAGGUUGCGCGUAUCAUUCCUAAUGCCGUAGGAGUUUGUACUCGGGAUGAGCGACACGUGUUCGGUUCCCUGCUUUCCAGGGAUUCCACGUAUAAGCUUAUGAUGCAUGUUUGGAAAGCAGCUAGAACGCCCGAGCAAGCUUUGCCUAAACCAAAAGACCUUCCAGCAUCAGAAGUGGAGCUAGAAGUAUCAGAGUAUUCUCCAGAAGACGACAGUAGUUCAGCGGGGGGUGACCACCACGACGCUGCAACACCACCAGUCAGGCGAGAGUCUGAGGCUAUAAUUGCUACUGCGUCGGGUGCGGCCGUGAUCCAGCCGGCGCUGCUGACGGGCGGCGCGGGGGCGGCGGCGGGCGCGGGGGCGGGCGCGUCCCCCCCCCGCUACUGGCGCGCGCUGUUAGCCGCCGCGGCGCUGCUCACGCUCUCCGCGGCGCUGCUCGCUUACCGCCUGUACCACGCCACGUACCACGCGCAGUCGGAGCUGGCGAUGCUGUCGGGCUCGGAGCUGUACUCGGAGCUGGUCCGCUGGCGCACGCGCCUGCACGGCCGCGCCGCCAGCGAGCUGCACGCCUUCCUCACCACCAACCUGCUCCUGCUCACCAAGGUACGGCAAUCAUUAGAAGCGCUAUCGGGCGUCAUCCUGACCGACAUGGCCCACACCGGCGCGGGAGAUAUCAACAUGGACGUACCCAACGAAACUGUCUUCAGUUAA